UGCAAGUACCGUGCUAGUGCGACCUCAACUUUUUUUCUGUUUUCUUCCUUCUGGACCGUUCUUAAACCCUCGCUUUUUGAGUCAUUGUUUUUAUGUGGUUCUACUCUCUCUCUCUCUCUCUCUCUCUCUCACACUUGGUACAAGGUGCGUCUCUUUCUUCCUCAACUGCUUCGCUUCUCAGAAAACACCCCGUUCGUUGGUUGCUCUCUAUGUUUCAAGUCUCGUUAUACUUCUUUCGAUCGCUAGCGUAUAGACGGUGACCCAGAUAGUCAUGGCCAUUUUUAGUUUGAUUGUGGAGUUUUAACGGGAAUUUGAAUAUUCAUGCUUAUUUUGGCCCUGGCGAUUAAGGUUCUCUGCCAGUUCAUAUAAUGGAGAAAGCUAGAGAUGAUAGUGUAAGCCAAUUGGCUGGGGGUCUGGGAAGUUUUUUGAGAAAAGGCAUUUUUAGUAUUCUGUCUGUGGGUCCCCUUCCCAAUCACAUUGCCUUCAUCAUGGAUGGAAACCGAAGGUAUGCAAAAAAGCAGAACAUGGCAGAAGGGGCUGGCCACAAGGCUGGGUAUCUCACUCUCAUGAAGAUGCUUUGUUACUGCUGUGAAUUGGGAGUGAAAUACUUAACAGUGUACGCCUUCAGCAUUGACAAUUUCAAAAGGCGUCCUGAAGAGGUUCACUCCUUGAUGGAUCUAAUGCUAGAAAAGAUUGAAGAGCUGCUCAAGGAAGGAAGUAUUGUGAACCAAUAUGGUGUCAGAAUAUAUUUUAUAGGAAACCUGAAACUUUUGAAUGAGCCUGUCAGGGUUGCAGCUGAGAAGGCAAUGGCAGCUACUGCCAACAACACCAAGGUUGUACUUUUAAUCUGUGUGGCCUAUACUUCUUAUGAUGAGAUUGUGCAUGCUGUUCAAGAAUCCUGCAAGGUUAAAAGGAAUGAAAUUGAAGCACCGAAUGCAAGUAAAGUUAUCAGAAGUGUGCCUGGAGUAGAAGAGGACAAGGAAAUAAAUGAAGCCAUUGCAAGCAAUCUUCAAGGAUCUUGUGAAAAUAGCUCGAGUAAAUUCGGAGCAUUGAACAGAACUACAGCUUGCAGUGGUCUGAUUGGAGUUGAAGAGAAGAAUGGAGCCAUUGUGCAUGCUAUUCAAGGAUCCAGUGAAGAUGAGUGGGAUGAAGUUGUGAGUAGAACUUGCAAUGGUGUGAUUGAAGGAGAUGAAGAGAGCAAAAAGAAGCAAUUGGUGCUUCCUACUAUCAAGGUGUUAGACAUUGAGAAGCACAUGUACAUGUCAGUGGCACCUGAACCCGACAUCCUGAUCCGAACUUCUGGUGAGAACCGCCUCAGCAACUUUCUCCUUUGGCAGACCGCUAACUGUCCAUUCUACUCUCCGACUGCAUUAUGGCCAGAGUUAGGUUUAUGGCAUUUGGUGUGGGCAGUAUUGAACUUCCAGCGAAGCCACCAUUAUUUUGAGAAGAAAAAGAAGCAGCUAUAACAUUCUUAAGGCCACACAAAGUCUUACUUUAUUUCAUAAUCCUGCAUAAAUUUACAGAAAAUUCUAGAAUAAGAGUUGUAAGCUUUAGCAGUGGGUUUCACGAUGCUGAUUUAUAGUUACUUUGAAUUGUUCAAAUGGUCAGGCCUGCUGAUUUGUAUUUGGGGCUUCAAUUAGCAAAGUGAAUUGGUAUUGGAUGUACUUAUAGGCUAUUAUCUCUUUUUCCUUCAGCCAA